AUGGCCGCUCUGAACGUGUCGUUGGUCUUCUUCUCUGGCACUUUCGCCCUCUGUGAGGCAGCCAGGAGGGCAUGCAGGGCCCUACUUCCGGCCAACGCCUACAGCAGCUUUGCCCGGGAGGCCGUGGGUGCGGUCCAGCUGGCGGCCUGCUGCCUGGAGCUGCGUGUGCUGGUAGAGCUGGGGCCAUGGGCUGCGGGCCUGGGCGCAGACCUGCUCUUGACGCUGCUUUUCCUGCUCUUCCUGGGCCAUGGUGCAUCCCUGGAUGGGGCCUCAGCCAACCCCGCUGUGGCUCUACAGGAGCUCCUACUGGCCGAGGUGUCUCUGCCCAUCACCCUGCUGAAGAUGGCGGCCCAGGCACUGGGCAUGGCCACUGCCUGCGUCCUGGCUCGGCUCUGCUGGUCCUGGGAACUCAGUCCGCUGCACGUCUUCCAGAACCUUCUGGCCAUGGACUGCAGCUCGACCCUGCACACGUCUGUGGCCCACGGUACCCUGGUGGAGGGCGUCUGUGCCUUCCUCUUCCACCUGACCCUGCUGCGGUUCCGGCACAGCUCUCCCGUCCACAGGGUGCCGGCCGUGGCUGUGCUGGUCACCGUCCUGGCCUACACAGCUGGGCCCUUCACGUCCGCCUUCUUCAAUCCCACACUGGCCUCUGCGGUCACCUUCAGCUGCUCAGGGCACACCCUGCUGGAGUAUACUCAGGUGUACUGGCUGGGCCCUCUGACAGGGAUGGUCCUGGCUAUUCUGCUUCACCAGGGCAACCUUCCCCGGCUUUUCCAGAGGAACCUUCUCUACAGACAGAAGAGCAAGUAUCGGACCCCCAAAGGGAAGCCAGUCCCAGGGCCUGGGCACUCCCAGAGCCCUACAAAAAAGCAGAGCUGA